GCCACCUCACACACCCCCAUCCGGGAGACCCACGUGCAGCCAGGCCCGGGCUGGCGCUGCACCUCGGGGUCUGCGCGUCUCCCCGGCGCGUUCCGAGCGCAGCCCCGCGACAGGGACCCCUCCGGGAGCGGCAUCCGAGAGGUCGCGGGCGGAGAGGGGGCGUCCCGGAGGCCGGGCGCGGGGAAGCUGAGGCCCGCGGCCACACAAAGGAGGCGGCGGGAAGGCGGGGCGAGGCGGGCCGGGGGCGGGGGCGGCAGGAAGGGGCGGGGGCCCGCGCGGCGCCGCCGAUAAAGCCCCCGCCGCCGCGGCAGCCAGCUCGCGCUGUGGGGCUGCCCGGGCUGCGCGGCGUCUGCAGGCGCCACCGCUGCCUCUUUCCGGCUGUGACCCUCCUCGUCGCCGCUUCGCUCCGUCCUCUGACUCCCCGCGCCGCCGAGACCAAGCUCCCGCUCUAGUUGCGGCCGCACCGCCCUCCGCGGCCGCCCCCUGGGGAUCCAGCGAGCGCGGUCGUCCUUGGCGGAAGGAACCAUGAACUGGCAUUUCCCCCUCUUCCUGUUGGCCUCUGUGACGCUGCCCUCCAUCUGCUCCCACUUCAACCCUCUGUCUCUCGAGGAACUAGGGUCCAACACGGGGAUCCAGGUUUUCAAUCAGAUUGUCAAGUCGAGGCCUCAUGACAACAUCGUGAUCUCUCCCCAUGGGAUUGCGUCAGUCCUGGGGAUGCUUCAGCUGGGGGCAGACGGCAGGACCAAGAAGCAGCUCACCACGGUGAUGAGAUACGGCGUGAAUGGAGUUGGUAAAAUAUUAAAGAAGAUCAACAAGGCCAUCGUCUCCAAGAAGAAUAAAGACAUUGUGACAGUGGCUAACGCCGUGUUUGUUAAGAAUGCCUCUGAAAUUGAAGUGCCUUUUGUGACAAGGAACAAAGAUGUGUUCCAGUGUGAGGUCCGGAAUGUGAACUUUGAGGAUCCAGCCUCUGCCUGUGAUUCCAUCAAUGCAUGGGUUAAAAACGAAACUAGAGAUAUGAUUGACAAUCUGCUGUCCCCAGAUCUUAUUGAUGGUGUGCUCACCAAACUGGUCCUCGUCAACGCAGUGUAUUUCAAGGGUCUGUGGAAAUCACGGUUCCAACCUGAGAACACAAAGAAACGCACUUUCAUGGCAGCCGAUGGGAAAUCCUAUCAAGUGCCAAUGCUGGCCCAGCUCUCCGUGUUCCGGUCUGGGUCGACAAGUGCCCCCAAUGAUUUAUGGUACAACUUCAUUGAACUGCCCUACCACGGGGAAAGCAUCAGCAUGCUGAUUGCACUGCCGACCGAGAGCUCCACUCCGCUGUCUGCCAUCAUCCCACACAUCAGCGCCAAGACCAUAGACAGCUGGAUGAGCAUCAUGGUGCCCAAGAGGGUGCAGGUGAUCCUGCCCAAGUUCACAGCUGUAGCACAAACAGAUUUGAAGGAGCCGCUGAAAGCCCUUGGCAUUACCGACAUGUUUGAUUCAUCAAAGGCAAAUUUUACAAAAAUAACAAGGUCAGAAAACCUCCAUGUUUCUCAUAUCUUGCAAAAAGCAAAAAUUGAAGUCAGUGAAGAUGGAACCAAAGCUUCAGCAGCAACAACUGCAAUUCUAAUUGCAAGAUCAUCGCCUCCCUGGUUUAUAGUAGACAGACCUUUUCUGUUUUUCAUCCGACAUAAUCCUACAGGUGCUGUGUUAUUCAUGGGGCAGAUAAACAAACCCUGAAGAGUACACAAAAGAAACCAUGCAAAGGAACGACUACUUUGCUACAAAGAAAGACUCCUUUCCUGCAUCUUUCAUAGUUCUGUUAAAUAUUUUUGUACAUCGCUUCUUUUUCAAAACUAGUUCUUAGGAACAGACUCGAUGCAAGCGUUUCUGUUCUGGGAGGUAUUGGAGGGAAAAAACAAGCAGGAUGGCUGGAACACUGUACUGAGGAAUGACUAGAAAGGCUUUGAAAUGUCUAAAAGAUUCUUUAAACUACUGAACUGUUACCUAGGUUAACAACCCUCUUGAGUAUUUGCUGUUUGUCCAGUUCAGGAAUUUUUGUUUUGUUUUGUCUAUAUGUGCGGCUUCUCAGAAGAAAUUUAAUCAGUGUGACAGAAAAAGAAAUGUUUUAUGGUAGCUUUUACUUUUUAUGAAAAAAAUAUUAUUUGCCUUUUAAAUUCUUUUCCCCCAUCCCCCUCCAAAGUCUUGAUAGCAAGCAUUAUUUUGGGGGUAGAAACGGUGAAAUCUCUAGCCUCUUUGUGUUUUUGUUGUUGUUGUUGUUGUUUUAUAUAAUGCAUGUAUUCACUAAAAUAAAGUUUAAAAAACCCAUGUCUUGCUAGACAAGGUUGCUGUUGUGCAGUGUGCCUGUCACUACUGGUCUGUACUCCUUGGAUUUGCAUUUUUGUAUUUUGUACAAAGUAAAAAUAAACUGUUAUGAGUAGUAAAAAUAAA